CCACCUUACCCAACAAUUCGUGAACCCUAGUUUACGUUACCAUACUCUCUCUCUUCCCCUUUCUCUCUCAUCUUCCAGUCAAUCCAGAGCAGCAGCAGCAGCAGCAGCAGCAAUGGCGGGAAAGGGAGAGGGACCAGCGAUCGGAAUCGAUCUGGGCACCACAUACUCAUGCGUCGGAGUUUGGCAACACGAUCGAGUCGAGAUCAUCGCCAACGACCAAGGAAACCGUACCACCCCUUCCUAUGUAGCCUUCACCGACACCGAGCGUCUCAUAGGGGAUGCUGCCAAGAACCAGGUCGCCAUGAACCCCAUCAACACUGUCUUCGAUGCAAAGAGGUUGAUUGGUAGGAGGUUCGCAGAUGCAUCUGUGCAGGGUGACAUUAAGUUGUGGCCUUUCAAGGUCAUUCCUGGUCCAGGUGAUAAACCCAUGAUUGUUGUCAACUACAAGGGCGAGGACAAGCAGUUUGCAGCUGAGGAAAUUUCUUCCAUGGUUCUCAUCAAAAUGCGUGAGAUUGCAGAGGCGUUCCUUGGUUCCACUGUGAAAAAUGCUGUGGUCACUGUCCCUGCCUACUUCAAUGAUUCUCAACGUCAGGCAACAAAGGAUGCUGGUGUAAUUGCUGGUCUCAAUGUGAUGCGUAUCAUCAAUGAACCCACUGCCGCUGCCAUUGCUUAUGGUCUUGACAAAAAGGCAACCAGUGUUGGCGAGAAGAAUGUGUUGAUCUUUGAUCUCGGUGGUGGUACUUUUGAUGUCUCUCUUCUCACCAUUGAAGAGGGUAUUUUUGAGGUGAAAGCCACUGCUGGAGAUACCCAUCUUGGAGGUGAAGAUUUUGACAAUAGAAUGGUGAACCAUUUUGUUCAGGAGUUCAAGAGGAAGAACAAGAAGGACAUCAGUGGCAACCCCAGAGCUUUGAGGAGAUUGCGGACUUCCUGUGAGAGGGCAAAGAGGACUCUCUCCUCCACUGCCCAGACCACCAUUGAAAUUGAUUCCCUUUACGAGGGUAUUGAUUUCUAUUCCACUAUUACCCGAGCCAGAUUUGAGGAACUCAACAUGGAUCUCUUCAGGAAGUGUAUGGAACCGGUUGAGAAGUGUUUGAGGGACUCUAAGAUGGACAAGAGUAGUGUUGAUGAUGUUGUUCUUGUUGGUGGAUCCACUAGAAUUCCCAAAGUUCAGCAGCUUUUGCAGGACUUCUUCAACGGGAAGGAGCUUUGCAAGAGCAUCAACCCUGAUGAGGCUGUGGCUUAUGGUGCUGCUGUCCAAGCUGCUAUUUUGAGCGGUGAGGGUAAUGAGAAGGUCCAGGACCUCUUGUUGUUGGAUGUCACACCUCUCUCUCUUGGUUUGGAAACUGCUGGUGGUGUAAUGACUGUGUUGAUUCCUAGGAACACCACGAUCCCGACAAAGAAAGAGCAAGUCUUCUCCACAUACUCAGACAACCAGCCUGGUGUGUUAAUUCAGGUCUAUGAAGGUGAGAGAACAAGGACCAGGGACAACAACUUGCUGGGAAAAUUUGAACUCUCUGGCAUUCCUCCAGCUCCUAGGGGUGUUCCUCAGAUCACAGUGUGCUUUGACAUAGAUGCCAAUGGCAUCCUCAAUGUAUCUGCCGAGGACAAGACCACAGGGCAGAAGAACAAGAUUACCAUCACUAAUGACAAGGGUAGGCUCUCUAAGGAGGAAAUCGAGAAGAUGGUUCAAGAAGCAGAGAAAUACAAGUCUGAGGAUGAAGAGCACAAGAAGAAGAUUGAGGCAAAGAAUGCACUGGAGAACUAUGCAUACAACAUGAGGAAUACAGUCAAGGACGAGAAGAUUAGUGCCAAACUUUCUGCAGAUGAUAAGAAGAAAAUUGAAGAUGCGAUUGAGCAGUCGAUCCAGUGGCUGGAGGGUAACCAGCUUGCUGAGCCAGACGAGUUUGAGGAUAAGAUGAAGGAACUUGAGAGCAUCUGUAACCCUAUCAUUGCAAAGAUGUACCAGGGUGCAGGUGAUGGCAUGGGUGGUGGUGCCAUGGACGAUGACGAAGAUGUUCCUACUGCCGGUGGAAGUGGUGCUGGUCCUAAGAUCGAGGAGGUUGACUAAGAUCGUGGUUUCCUUGUCUGUGGUUUAUUUAUUGUCUCUUUGAAUAUUUUGAAAUUUAUUUUUAUGAUCUGUACUAGAAUUGCUACAUUUGAGGCUUUGAACGUUUUAAUGGUAAUUUUGUUAGAGGCCAGCUGGAAUGUUUUAGAUUUCUUGUCUUGAUUUGGCAUUUCUUGGCUAAAAUUAUUAGUCUCUUCUUCUCA